UCAUUUUUUGAAUCAGAGUUUAAUGGAAUCUAAUAAUAUGUUAAGACUUGAGUUCUAUUUUAAAAUUUCAACUUAUUAAGAGGGGCAGCCCAUAUCCUUAUAAAUUUAUUCAUAUUUUUAUUUUUAUUCGAUGUGAAAUUUUAUCCAAUACAUGUAUUUACGGUAACGGGUACAUACAUGUGAAUUCACUUACUACACUCUAACCACCUCCUUCCUCCGCCUAUUAAUCCCUCCACGACCCUCGACUCUCUGCACUUAUCGCCACUGCAAAUCUCUCUAAAAGUCUCCCUUUAUACACGCACACAGAGAUAGAUAGAUACAAGAAAAGCAAAAAAUGGCUGAGUUCAGAAUUUGUAGCGUUCUCUUUGGGCUGUUGUUGGUGUGGAGUAGUAAUAAUGUAGGAGGAAGAAGCGAGAUGGUGCCGGCACUGUUCAUUUUUGGAGACUCUCUCAUUGACAAUGGGAACAACAAUAAUCUGGCUUCUUUGGCCAAAGCCAACUAUUUACCUUACGGCAUUGAUUUUGAUGGAGGACCGACUGGCAGAUUUUCGAAUGGUUAUACCAUGGUUGAUACAAUUGCUGAAUUGCUUGGACUGCCUCUAAUUCCUGCAUACACUGAAGUAUCUGGCGAUCAAAUGAGAUAUGGAGUUAAUUAUGCCUCUGCUGCUGCUGGUAUUCUUGACAUUUCAGGCAGAAACUUUGCUGGCCGAAUUCCAUUCAAUCAGCAGAUUAGUAACUUUGAGAACACACUUGAUCAAAUUACAGACAUUCUUGGUGCACAAGAUGCAGCACAGGCACUUUCUAAGUGCAUCUUCUUUGUUGGAAUGGGCAGUAAUGACUACCUCAAUAAUUACCUUAUGCCAGAUUUUCCCACAAAAGAUCAGUAUAACCCUCCACAAUAUGCAGACCUCUUGGUUCAGCAGUAUUCCCAGCAACUCACUAGGCUUUACAACUUGGGAGCUAGGAAAUUUGUGAUUUCAGGGCUUGGUUUAAUGGGAUGCAUUCCUAGCAUUCUAGCACAAAAUUCAAAUGGAAUAUGUUCUGAGGAAGUGAACCAACUUCUCAUUCCCUUCAACACAAAUACGAAGGCAAUGAUUAACAAUCUUAGUGCUACCUUACCUGGUUCUAAAUUUUCUUACAUUGAUGUUCGCAACAUGUUCCAAGAUCUCCUUACCAAUGCUAGAUCCUAUGGAUUCAGUGUUGUAAAUCAAGGGUGCUGCGGCAUUGGGAGAAAUGCAGGGCAGAUUACUUGUCUUCCAUUCCAGACACCCUGUGCUGAGAGGAGACAGUACAUUUUCUGGGAUGCUUUUCACCCAACAGAAGCUGUAAACAUAUUAUUUGGGCAGAAGGCUUUCAAUGGAAGCAAGGACAUGGUUUAUCCGAUGACCAUAGAGCAACUUGCUAGUGUUUGAGUUCAGGAAAAAUAUCACUCACUCAAUCCAUAUGUGAAGUGUAACCUUUUUUUCUAAUCUGCUCAACUAAUUGUUGUGUCCGAUUUUCACUUUGCGAUCCAGUAAAAUCUCUGCAAGAUUGAUGAAGUAAUUUGAUAUAUUUAAUCAUUAAA